UGUCGGUCUGAGGCUGCGCCGCUCGCGCUGCAUCGCGGAGAGGAGCAUACCACCAGAUGGCGGUUUAGGAUUGCUGCUCUUCUCUCGAGGCGCGGUUCCGCUCGCACGGCCAAUUUUUUCCCAAUAUUUAAAAAAAUACGCACGGCGUUAUUUGCGAAAAUCGAUUUAUUAAGCGCGGAGGGUGCUGAUCGAUGCGGCGAUGCUCGCGAAAGGAGCCGAAGAGAGUUAAGUGCCAGCAAGUCGAGUGCGGACCAUCCUGGAGGCUCUCCCCCCCCGCCGUUCCAGACCUUUCCCCCAACUGAUCUAAAAUCUCGUACCCCCGUCUUUGGACCUGAAACACACUCGGUCCUGAAGACACACACACACACAGUUACACACCUCACCAGCUCCCCACCCCGACCAGGAUGAUCACCUCGGAGCUCCCCGUCCUACAGGACUCGUCCAAUGAGUCUGGGGCGACAGACGCAGUGGGUUUAAGCAUGAGCAUGAGUGAGAUUGAAGAUCCAGAGGUGAAGGGGAAGAAGAAGAGAGGGAGGCCUGGAAAACAAGCCCCGACGUCCAAUAAGAAGCCUCGAAAGACACCGGCUGACAAGGCCGUGGGACCAGCCAGAGGGAGAGGGAAAGCCAAUGGCGUGGCUCAACACAAUGGAGACGGCGGAGACCCCGUCACUCUGUUUGAAGUGGUCAAACUGGGCAAGAGUGCCAUGCAGUCUGUGGUGGAUGAGUGGAUUGAAUCAUACAAACAGGACAGAGACUUGGCGCUGCUCGACCUCAUCAAUUUUUUCAUCCAGUGCUCGGGGUGCAAAGGCACCGUGAGGAUCGAGAUGUUCAGGAACAUGCAGAACGCUGAGAUCAUCCGUAAGAUGACUGAGGAGUUCGAUGAGGACAGCGGAGAUUAUCCUCUCACCAUGCCGGGGCCUCUGUGGAAGAAGUUCCGCUACAACUUCUGCGAGUUCAUCAGCGUGCUGAUUCGCCAGUGUCAGUACAGCAUCAUCUACGACGAGUAUAUGAUGGACACCGUGAUCUCCCUCCUCACGGGGCUGUCCGACUCCCAAGUGCGAGCCUUCAGGCACACCUCCACGUUAGCAGCCAUGAAGCUGAUGACGGCACUGGUGAAUGUGGCGCUGAACCUCAGCAUUCACCAAGACAACACGCAGAGGCAGUACGAGGCCGAGAGGAACAAGAUAGCCGGCAAGCGAGCCAACGAGAAGCUGGAGCUUCUGCUACAGAAGAGGAAGGAGCUUCAGGAAAACCAAGAUGAAAUAGAGAACAUGAUGAACUCCAUCUUCAAGGGAAUCUUUGUGCAUCGCUACAGGGAUGCGAUUGCAGAGAUCAGAGCCAUUUGUAUUGAAGAGAUCGGCGUGUGGAUGAAGAUGUACAGUGAUGCUUUUCUUAACGAUAGUUACCUGAAAUAUGUCGGUUGGACGCUACACGACAGGCAAGGAGAGGUGCGUCUCAAGUGCCUGAAGGCUCUGCAGAACCUGUACACAAACCGAGAACUGUUUCCCAAGCUAGAGCUUUUCACCAACCGCUUCAAGGACCGUAUAGUUUCCAUGACCCUGGAUAAGGAGUAUGAUGUGGCUGUGGAGGCGAUUCGACUGGUCACACUCAUCCUGCAGGGCAGUGAAGACGCCUUGUCCAAUGAGGACUGUGAGAAUGUGUAUCACCUGGUCUACUCCGCCCACCGGCCGGUGGCCGUCGCCGCCGGAGAAUUCCUGCACCGGAAGCUGUUCAGUCGUCACGACCCGCAGGCAGAGGAAGCGCUAGCGAAGCGCAGAGGGAGGAGCAGCCCCAACGGGAAUCUCCUCCGCAUGCUGGUGCUCUUCUUUUUGGAGAGCGAGCUUCACGAGCAUGCAGCCUACCUUGUGGACUCACUGUGGGAAAGCUCUCAGGAGCUGCUGAAAGACUGGGAGUGUAUGGCUGAACUUCUGUUGGAGGAGCCAGUGCAGGGAGAGGAGGUGUUGUCAGACCGACAGGAGAGUGCACUGAUAGAGCUGAUGGUGUGCACCAUCCGACAGGCAGCAGAGGCGCACCCGCCCGUCGGCAGAGGCACCGGCAAACGGGUGCUGACGGCGAAGGAGAGGAAGACCCAGAUAGACGAUAAAAACAAACUGACAGAGCACUACAUCAUGGCUCUGCCCAUGCUGUUGUCCAAGUAUCAGGCGGACUCGGAGAAGGUGGCCAACCUGCUGCAGAUCCCGCAGUUCUUUGACCUGGACGUGUACAGCGCCGGGCGCAUGGAGAAGCACCUGGACGCCCUCCUGAAGCAGAUCCGUCUGGUGGUGGAGAAGCACAUCGAGGCCGACGUGCUGGAGGCCUGCAGCAAGACCUACAGCAUCCUCUGCUCCGAGGAGUACACCAUCAUGAACCGCGUGGACAUCGCCCGCUCGCAGCUCAUCGACGAGAUGACCGACCGGUUCGCGCACUCGGUCGAGGAGCUGCUGCAGGAGGCAGAGGAGGCCGAUGACGACGACAUCUACAAUGUUUUAUCUACUCUUAAGAGACUCACAGCUUUCCACAAUGCCCACGACCUGACGCGGUGGGAUUUGUUCGGGAGCUGUUACCGGCUGCUGAAGGCGGGCAUCGAGCAGGGCUCCAUGCCGGAGCAGAUCGCCGUCCAGGCCCUGCAGUGCUCCCACUACUCCAUCCUGUGGCAGCUGGUCAAGAUCACAGAGGGGGCUCCCAGCAAGGAUGACCUCAUGGCUCUCAGGAGAGUGGUGAAGUCUUUCCUGGCUGUGUGCCAACAGUGCCUGUCCAACGUCAACACUCCGGUCAAAGAGCAGGCGUUCAUGCUUCUCUGUGACCUCCUGAUGAUCUUCAGUCACCAGCUGGUCUCUGGCGGCAGGGAAGGCCUCCAGCCGCUGGUCUUCAACCCCGACAGCACUCUGCAGAACGAGCUGCUCAACUUCGUCCUGGACCACGUCUUCAUCGACCAGGACGAUGAGAGCCAGAGCAUGGAGGGAGACGAGGAGGACGAGGCCAACAAGAUCGAGGCUCUCCACAAGAGGAGAAAUCUGCUCGCCGCUUUCUGCAAACUCAUCAUCUACGACAUCGUGGACAUGCCCGCCGCCGCCGACAUCUUCAAGCACUACAUGAAGUAUUAUAACGACUACGGAGACAUCAUCAAGGAGACGCUCAGUAAAACUAGACAGACGGACAAGAUCCUCUGUGCCAAGACGCUCAUCCUCAGUCUGCAGCAGCUGUUCAACGAGCUGCUGCAGGACCAGGGUCCCAACCUGGACCGGACGUCGUCUCACGUGAGCGGCAUCAAGGAGCUGGCCCGUCGCUUUGCACUCACCUUCGGCCUGGAUCAGAUCAAGACCAGAGAGGCCGUGGCCACGCUGCACAAGGACGGAAUAGAGUUUGCAUUUAAGUACCAGAAUCCUCGAGGAGCAGAGUUUCCUCCCCUCAACCUGGCCUUCCUGGAGGUCCUGAGCGAAUUCUCAUCCAAACUCAUCCGCCAAGACAAAAAGACCGUCCACUCCUACCUGGAGAAGUUCAUGUCAGAGUCGAUGUCGGAGCGUCGGGAGGACGUGUGGCUGCCGCUGAUCUCCUACAGGAACAGCCUGCUGACGGGGGGAGACGAGGACCACAUGUCCGUCACGUCGGGGUCCAGCAGCAAAACCGGGUCGGUCCGCAGCAAGAAGGGACGACCGCCUGUACACAAGAAGCGCAUCGAGGAGGAGAGUAGCGUGGAGGGCUCGUGGCUGAUGCGUAACGACACCCUACCGACACCGGGGGCGCUGCAGACUCCUCAGCUCACCUCGACGGUCCUCAGAGAGAACAGACCGGCGGAACACAUGCCAGACCCGGACUCAGAACCAGGGUCGGAGAACGACUUUGUACACAAUCCUCAGAUGCAGAUGUCGUGGCUCGGACAGCAGAAGAUGGAGGAGGUGAACAGGAAAGACAGGACGGGCCUGAACUACAUCAAGUCGCGCAGCAACCAGGGCGUCCGGCAGACUGUGCGCGGGUUAAUGGAGGACGACGCAGAGCCGAUCUUUGAGGACGUGAUGAUGUCAUCGCGGGGUCAGCUGGAGGACAUGAACGAGGAGUUUGAGGACACCAUGGUGAUCGACUUGCCGCCAUCAAGGAACAGACGUGAACGAGCAGAAUUAAGACCAGACUUCUUCGACUCUGCAGCAAUGAUUGAGGACGAGUCGGGAUUCAGCAUGCCCAUGUUCUGAAGCGAGAAAGACGCAAAGAUCCUGAGAUCAGGAUCCCAAUCAAGAGUAAAUGGACGAGGGGGGGCCGGGGCGGUUUUUGACGUCUGAUCACCUGCCAACCAAACUCUUAGGAAGAAGAUGAGAAAAAAACAUUGUUGAAGUACUUUUUCCUUUCUGUAAGAUGGAAGGAUGUUUGUCACAGUGGAUCUGCCGAUGGAUCCCCAAGUCGCCAGGGUCUCCCCCAGAAGCGUCGAGCGAGCAUCCGCUCUCCUUUUAUCAGACGGGCCGGAGGAUCCAGAACCUCGUCGUGAUUAUGGAAGACCUUCGUCCUGCUCCUCCUCCUCCUCGUCCUCCUCCUUCUGUCCCUCUUCAGCCUGUUGUUGGUUUAGCUCUUCUUAACGGUAGCCCUGAUGGCGGCGCUCUGGCUACGUAAUCCCCGCAGCCAGCCGACGAGUACGUACAGUUUUGACGGUCCUCCUGUUAAACAGAUGUAAAGUUUGUUUCCUCUCGCGAUCAGCAGCACGGAGCAACGUAAAACUCCGUACAGCCGCCACACACACACACACACACACACACACACACACACACACCUUUUCGUUUGGUGUCUCAACUCAAUCCGUCUGGUUAAAUCGGAGACAGAGGAUCUCGAUACUAAAUGCUCUGUAUCUUCGCUCUUUGAUCUUUCGCAAUCUUAAUCCUUCUGUGUGUGUGUGUGUGUGUGUGUGUGUGUGUGUGUGUGUGUGUGUGUGUGUGUGUGUGUGUGUGUGUGUGUGUGUGUGUGUGUGUGUGUGUGUGUGUGUGUGUGUGUGUGUGUGUGUGUGUGUGUGUGUGUGUGUGUGUGUGUGUGUGUGUUUUCUGACGAUGGUUGAGUAGCCACACAUACACACACACACGCGGAGAUCAACUGUAGUCUGACCUGAAGGAAAGUGGUGUAACUGUCGUGUGUGUGUGUGAUGUCAAAGCGAGGGUUGUCAUUUGACAGUGACCGACCUCAGACAAGAGCCCCGCCCCCUCUCAAAUCUUUGAAAUGCUCUGCGCACACACGCACACAUUCUGAAAAAUGGCUUUUUGAAGUAAAAAAAAAGGUUUUAAAAAAAGACAAUAAACAUAUUUUGAAUUCUGUAGCUUUAGUACUAAAGUUUUAAAUCAAGUGUGUUUUUGUUUUUGUCCGAUGUUUGUACAGCUUUUUCUUCGAUAUGUAUCUUGUUCGUUGCCAAAUUGUGGCCUACAUAUUUACAGUAUAUUCCAGCCCCCCCUCCCCUCCACCUGUUACUCAUAUCUAAUGGUUACCACGCUGUGUCGCUGUGGGACACCAGCUUUUAAAGUGCUGUGUGGUCUGAUUGUAAUCGUCUCACAGUUCAGUAUUACAGCAGAUCAUCUGUUUGGUUCGUUCAAAAUCAAGUUCCUUAAACUUCCUUUUUUCUUUUUUUUUGCAUUACCAACAGUGUUAAACUGAUUCCGAAUUGGAGACGCGUGUCGUUAUCAUCGUUCAUUUCCAGUGCAGUUGAUGGAUCGUUGUGUCUGACAAGAUUUGUCUGAAUGUGGGGUUUUUUUUGUGUCCAGCCAUGUUUUCAUUUCCUCCGCUGGCUGCGUCGUCAGUCCUCAUGUGAGUGUCGGAGACAAUUGGAUAUUUUCUGCAGUGCAGUUGACAUCGGUUGCCCCUAAAAUGCUCGAAAAAAGCCAGUUUUUUGUUUUUUUCUGUGAAACUAAAUUCUUUUUAAUAAAAUAAAAUCUGUAAUCGA